AUGGAGACCACCGCCGCCCCCGCUCCCCCUGGCCCCGCGGCUGGCCCCUUCUCCCCGCUGUUUCCCCCGGGGCUCCACGGCAUCUAUGGCGAGUGCCGGAGGUUGUACCCAGAACAGGCCAACCCCUUGCAGGUCACCGCCAUCCUCAAGUACUGGUUAGGUGGACCUGAUCCUCUGGACUACGUCAGUAUGUACAGGAAUUUGGGUAGUCCAGCCUUAAAUGUUCCUGAGCACUGGCACUAUGUGAGUUUUGGAUUAAGUGAUUUGUAUGGCGACAACAGAGUACACGAGUUUACUGGGCCGGAUGGGCCAAGUGGUUUUGGAUUUGAACUGACAUUUCGACUUAAGCGUGAAACAGGGGAAUCUGCACCACCUACAUGGCCAGCAGAGUUAAUGCAAGGCUUAGCUAGAUAUGUCUUCCAAUCAGAAAAUACAUUUUGUAGUGGUGACCAUGUUUCGUGGCAUAGUCCUUUGGAUAGCAGUGAAUCUAGGAUCCAGCAUAUGCUCCUAACUGAAGAUCCACAAAUGCAGCCAGUUCAGACGCCAUUCGGAGUUGUUACUUUCCUCCAGAUUGUUGGUGUCUGCACAGAAGAGCUUCAUGCAGCACAGCAGUGGAAUGGACAGGGCAUAUUGGAGCUACUUCGGACGGUUCCUGUAGCAGGAGGCCCAUGGUUAAUAACAGACAUGCGGCGUGGGGAGACGAUAUUUGAAAUUGAUCCACAUUUGCAACAGGACAGAGUUGAUAAAGGAAUUGAGACAGACGGCUCAAACUUGAGUGGUGUCAGUGCUAAAUGUGCCUGGGAUGACCUUAGCCGGCCUCCAGAGGAUGAUGAAGAUAGUAGAAGCAUCUGUAUUGGCACACAUCCCCGACGACUGUCUGGGAAAGAUACGGAACAAAUCCGAGAGACUCUGAGAAGGGGUCUCGAGAUUAACAGCAAGCCUGUUCUGCCACCAAUUAACACUCAGAGACAGAAUGGACUGAACAAUGAUAGAGCACCGAGUCGUAAGGACAGUUUAGAAAGUGAGAGCUCAGCAACAAUUAUUCCUCAUGAGUUGAUUCGCACAAGGCAGCUCGAGAGUGUACACCUGAAAUUCAACCAGGAAUCAGGAGCAUUAAUUCCGCUGUGUUUAAGGGGCAGACUGUUGCAUGGACGGCACUUUACAUACAAAAGUAUUACAGGGGAUACAGCAAUUACUUUUGUAUCAACUGGAGUUGAAGGGGCCUUUGCUACAGAAGAGCAUCCCUAUGCGGCACAUGGACCAUGGCUACAAAUCCUGCUGACUGAAGAAUUUGUGGAAAGAAUGCUAGAAGACCUAGAAGAUCUGAAUUCUCCAGAGGAAUUCAAACUUCCAAAGGAGUAUAGUUGGCCUGAAAAGAAGCUGAAAGUCUCCAUCUUGCCUGAUGCUGUGUUUGACAACCCACUCCAUUAACAUAACUGACAUUCACAAGCAACAGCUUACUGUAUGCUGCCCAGUGACUCAUGGGAUAAUUAAAGCAGUGAAAGCUCUUCCUACAAAUAAGAGGAUGUUGCUCCAUAACCACUGCAAACCGAGGAGGAGUUACUCAACACCAGAGUCCAGCCUGAACCGAACUGUGCUGGUACAUGGCUUUCUCCUUUUCAUCACGGCUGAACUCUGAACACCCUGCAUACAAAUGAGUAUAUAAGAGGGAGAGAAGUAUUUAACUAUGAAUAGUAGUGAUAAGAAUUUUUAGCUGGCUCCAGAACUCCCUGCUGCCUUAGCUCAGGGUUUAUGUGCCUCAUCUACCUUUAGCCACACAUUUUCCAGAUGUAAACACACACUCCAUUGGUUUAGAUGUGUUUUCAG